AUGUCCACCGCGGCCGCCAGGAACGAGCCCUACCAGCAUGCAUACUCGGCCUCCUCGGUGCCGUUGGCGGCUUCGGCGGCCUCCUCGGAUGCGGCCUCCAUCGAGAGACAGGCUUACCAGGCUGUCUCCGCCGUCAGGCGCUCCCCGGGAUCGCUGCUCAGAAAGGAGUCCUACCACGCAUACUCUGCCCCGGCCCUUACCACUGGCCCUGUUACUGCGGCUGCGGCUGUCGCUUCUACGGCUACGUCGGCGUCGGCCUCUGGGUCGUCGUCAUGCUCGUCCAGUCUGGCCUCCGUCCAUCACAUUCCACAGCCGACCAGGAGGCCUCCCCCUGUCCCUGUCCAGGCGCCUGCGUCGACACAGAUACCCUCUGCAGCCCGGUCUGAGUCUUACCAUGCAUACUCCGGCUCCAGUCUCGCCGCAUCAAACAGUUCGUCCAGCUUGGAUAAACAGGGCCAGCCAGCAGCUACUUCUACUUCUGCUUCUGCUUCUACGUCUACUACUGCAAGGCCCAUGUCUACUGCCCCCGGUGCCCCAAAGGCAUAUCAUGCCUACUCGGCAAACCCGUCUGCCUCGGCCAGUACCUCCAGUCUCCCUCAAGCCGAUACCGCGGCCUCUACUCGCAGAACUCUUCCUUCUGCGGUCAGGAGUCACUCUUACUACGGCACUGGUUCUCCCGCUGCUGCUGUAGCCGGCGUUGCUACAAACACAAGGGCUUCGUCAAGUACCUCCAGUCUCGACCGCCAGGUUCAUCAAUCCACCGCCCAGAGAUCCGCCUCAGUUGCUGAUGCUAGGCCCCGUCUCGCUACUUCUGCUUCGGCAGCUGUAGCCAGACGAGCUACCUCCAACGCUGCCGCAUUGCCCCGGCCAGCAUCAGCAGUAGCAGUCAGGUCGCAAUCCUACCACACCUCGGGCACCCCAGCAUCCUCAGACAUGGCCCGUCGAAACACCAUGGUCUUCGAUUCCGAUCUCACCAGGAACAAGAACCCGCAGCCAAACCCGCCCCUGAUACCCCUGCAGCAUCUCCAGGCAGCUCCCGCUCCCGCUCCCGCAGCAUCGCCCUCAUCAUCUGCGGAACAGGCGUCCAAACAGCCCCGGUUCUACGCCCUGCUGCGUGCCUCCAUGGUCGUGCCAGAUACAGUCCAGAUUGCUACCGUCGAGGAAGAAACUACAGCCAUACGCCAGCGAUCUAUCUAUGAGCCCCAGCCCCGGCCGCGCUCCAGCAGGCGCUCCCAGUGGCCCAGAGCAUCCUCUCGCUUGUUCACCGGGAGUUCCAUGACGGAUAUCACCGAUAAAGACGAGACGGACGCUCAGGCCGAUGUCGUUGUUGAGAGCCGGGCCUCGAUGUCUUGUCCCUCGCUGGUGCCUACCUCGAACCUCGCGUCUGCUUCCUCCACCACGCUAUCUACCCCCAAGACCAGCGGAGAGGACUACAAGUCGCAGUACCGCAAGACCAAAUCGUUUCCUCUCGAGGAGGCAAGCGGCACUACAACGCCAACUCCCGCCGAAGUCAAGACAUCCGCCCCCGAGGCACUCCCAGCUCCUACUUCUAACCCACCAAAUCCACCACCCAUGAUGUCUCGCACAGUAACUGCACCAGCAGAGCCCCAAGCUCGCAAGCUAAUCAAGCGAAACCCGUCUGCUCCCAAACCACGGCCAAAUCCCCGUCUCGCGCAGACCUCCCGCUCCAUGUCCCUGGUCGGUACUCCCCGCUUGCCUACCUCCAGACCAUCCUCUCCGCCUCCCCUUCCGCGCGCAAUGUCUGUGCAUAUUCCGUCCCCUGCCACGGCUCCGGGACAGGCAGCAGAUCGGUCCAAGAAGCCUCGUCUGACAUCCCUGUGGUCCGGUUUAUUCCGCCUGCGUGUAUCAAGUUGAACGGCUCCUUUUUUCAGCAUUCUCCCUUUUUUCCGUCUAUUUCCUUUCUAUAUACCAGUGCAAAGCACAUUUCAUUCUCGCUAUAUUCGGGUCGAUAUCCAUCCCCGUUCGAUUCAUCUCUACUUUCUUGGUUGCUCUUUUCGGCUUCUACCUAUUUAUUUUGCCUUCCCGCUUGAUGCGUUUUCUCAGCUGGUUUCCGCGAUUCCGCUCCUUAAUACUCGUUUCUUUCCCGCGCAUAUUGCAUCACAUACAUCAAGUCCUUCCUUUGCGUUUCCUUUUCUUUGGUCUGCUUUACUUUGCGUUUCCUUUUCUUUGCGUCUGCUUUACUUUGCGUUUCCUUUUCUUUGCGUCUGCUUUACUUUUCUUAGUUUCCUCCCCUUUCCCACUGGUAUGGGAUAGGACGGGACUCACUAACAAAACAAAAACACAUACGAAAUUGAUACUGGACCUGACGGACCGGAUCCCGUCUACCAUCUAUCUAUCAUCUAUCUAUACAGCUAAUGUGUGUGAAUUGGAGGUAUUAGUCGUAUCUACUCUGCCUACUCUUAUGUUUGUUGAUCUUUCUUGGUUGCCUGCUGCGUUUCGGGUGCCCUUUUGCAUAUUUUAUUUUGAAUUGAAUUUAUUGGUUUGAGUCGUUGGUGGCUCAAUAUGGAUCUAUCUAUCUCUGUAGGAAUAAAAAGUGAAUGAAUAUUGGUCUCGGUUUCAUACUCUACUACUUCUCAAUAAUAGCUUGUGCUCGAUAAUAGCAUGUCUAUCUGAAUAAACUUAGGCUUUAACAAUUUGAUAUCCCACCAUUAACAAAUGCCCUCAAUUGAUACCACCAGAUGAUCAACGCCAAACCCACAAUACGACACCUACCUACUUACAUACCCCUGAUUUGCACCUCUACACCAUCGGGAUUUGGUUUUUAUUUGCAUGUUUCUUUUGAUAUGCCUGACCUUCGCCGCAGGAUCGAUCGGCUCGAGCGUUGAAACGACGUGUCAAAAUGCAUAAUUCUAACGCACUGGAUAUCAAGACCACUUCUUUACCCCCCUGUUUGUAUGUAUCUGAUAUGCAUGCCGUAUGCGUCGAUCAACAGACAUAACUGACACAUAUAUGCAGAAUAUCACAUACAACCGGUUCAUGGAUGGGUGCAUGGAUGAAAACGACUGCCAGCGCCCUACCAUCCAUACCACGAAAUCUGGAUGCCACGAUGAGCUUGUUUUCGGUCCCGAGAUAUCACCGCAAAUCAAGCAUGGUUAGUUAUUAUAUAUCGCCAGUUUGCACGUCAGGAGACACUGGGGUUUAUGCAGGGCAUGUCAUAAGAUGCGUUUUUUACGACCUCAUAUCAGCAACGCUUACGGGAGCGGUGAACAGGCUCUUGUAUCGUCUACUUCGUAUACACUCGCUCAUAUCGAAUCUGAGAUGGGAUACAUGGCUUGUCAUGAAUGGACAUGGAUGCAACUCCCAAUUAUUU